CUUGCGACCUCUUUCUGACCAAUCCGGACACUCUGCACUGCUUUUUCCUCCGUGACUUCAGAAAAAACGUACCUGUACAAGCUGUGUUGCGGAACUUGAGGUUCGUGAUUUUGGAUGAAGCGCACGUUUACACAGGAAGAUUUGGUGCUCACGUGAGUUGUGUCUUGAGGCGGUUGCGAAGAGCUAUGGGAAUAUGUAGGGACAUAAAAAAGAACGCUGUAGUAGGGUUUGGAGGACAACCUCCGGGACGGCAAGGAAAAGGUGCUCCCAAGGGCAAAGCGAAAGCGAAAGCAGCCAUGAAAACAGCCAUGAAAAAAGCAGCGAGUGGACCUAUUGUGAGGCUGAAUCAGAUAUCUGCGCCUGGUGGAAGCGCUACAUCAUUCGGCGCAGUUCUUCCAGAUGGCACAACGCCGAAUGGUGCAGCCGCUGUGCCCGCUCCCUCUCCCCAGGACGGGGAAGAUAAAAACAAAGACGCCACCACCAAAGCAGAUGCAGAGAAGGUUGAGCCAGAAGAGCCUUGUCGUUUCAUCGCUUGUUCGGCGACGAUGGUGCGUCCUCUUGAGUUUUUCCAUGAACUAGCUGAUUUAGACGUGAAGGUUAUAUCUGCGUCUGGCGCGGGACGUGGCUCUAAGCAUGUCUGUCUUUGGACGCCUACUGCGCGAGCUCGACAAUAUGAAAUCUACGAGCCGGAUCCAGAGAAAAGGCGUCAGAAAAUGACCAAACAAAAAGCAGAGAGGGGGAUUCAAAAGAUUACUGCUGGUGGCAAGAAUAAGGCUGGCGGUGGAGGAAGCGUAAGCGCCUCAUCUGCUACACCAGCCACUACUUCUUUCUUAACUCGUCCCUCUCUUCGGCAAACGACGCUUGAGGAAUUCGGAGUUAAGGUUGAGAAUCCAGGAAAUGAUCAUCACCACGACUGCAGCGACCUUCAUGAGCACGCAGCACCGCAAAACCCGAAUGUCGACGACGACGAGCAAGACGUCGACUCGUUUCACCAUAUGAAUGAUGGAAUCUACGAUGACAUCGCCUGGUCCUUCGUUCAGGCGGUGAAGAAGGGCAUCAAAACAGUCCUUUUCGUCAGUGCCCGAUCACUAGUGGAGCUCAUGCUAGACAGGAUCUGCGAUCGAAUUCGAAAGGAUGCGUCUUUGACGGGAAGUGCUGCGUUAUGAACAACGGAGGUUCGUUCAGGUACAACUCUUGUAAGAAAGUACUUAAUUGCGAUUCCUCGUCGAGUACUACUCUUUCUACUUGAUUUAUGGUUGUGGUCAUCUCGAAUUGAAGUGUUUUCUUCAAAAACUGCAUCAUUUUCAUUUUCUUGUCGUACUGAAACUGUUGUACUACUUGUAGUCAAUAUCGUCUAUCCUCGGACAUUCCUCCACCUUGCUCAUCCCGCCCUCCACCCCCCUUUCAUAUCCCGAGUUUUUCGACUGGGAAGGCGUGCCGAGUUCCAGCUCGGGCGUUGCUGAGCUCGAAGUACAGGAGUCGAGUACACAGCGCGUCAGAAACAUGCGGAGUCCUGAUAAUGCUGGAAGAAAUAGAGGAAAAGGAAGUAGGAAAAAUGCAGGUGGAGUAGGUACAACCUCCUCCACCAUAAAUCUAGCAUCACCCUCUCCAAGUUCCACGUCGGGAACACAGCAAUUUAAGCCGGCGACUCGGCGUAGUGGGAUAGCUGCCGCGUCAGCGAAGAAGCGCAUCCGAGAAACGGUUGCUGAUAAAGUGAUAUCUUCAACCACCCCAGCAUCGAGUAAGACAAAAACAACUCCAGAAGUCUCGAUCAAGAUUAAGGACGAGGGUCGUGAAACAUUUAUUGCAGUUGACGGAGAACAAGGAGACCAGGACUCGAUCCUAGAUUUACCUGCUAGAAGUGGGUCAUCUUCUUUUUCAACAGCUGGGAUUGAUAUGCAUCGCACUGCAGGCUCCGCUGCUGAUGCCUUGAUUCGUCGAAUUGCCUCCUACCGAGCGGGCUACAGCAAAGAAACCCGACGCGAGGUGGAGCGAGAGUUUUACGAUCAUGAGCUUCAUGUUGUGAAAUAAUUUUUUUUGAAAUUUCUAUUUCUAAUCUGCUUUCACCGGCAAGCUGAUCGGUCUUGUUGCUACGAACGCCUUGGAACUGGGAAUCGAUGUAGGUGACUUGCAGUGCACUAUUCAUCUAGGAAUUCCUCGACAACUCUCGAGCCUGUGGCAGCAGAUGGGUCGCGGAGGACGUGGCUACGAGACUGAUUCGAUGGCGAUUGUCAUUGCUUUGCCUUUUACGAAAGCGAAACUUCUCCUGGCUCGACAUGAUUUGACUUUGAUGGUGCUGGUAGUUGGGUAAGAAAGAUCUCUUUUUCGUCGUAGUUCACAAUCAUGUAAUAUGUAUGGCAAUUCUGCAAUCUCGAAAAUAUCAUUGACAUCAUAGUUCUUUUAUAUCCUAGUAGUGUUAUAAUCUUUUCCUUCAGCACAUGUCCUCCCUCUUCAUUCGCUUAAGCGGCGUCGACACCUACUAUAUGCAACAUCCGGAGGAAUUUUUUGAGCGUCGAGACCCAGUUUGCGCUUUGUUUGUUCCGCCUGAUGUGACUCGGGAUCAUCUUUUUUGCGCAAUGUCUGAGUACCCUGCUUCUCGAGAUGACUAUCUACGAUGGUUCUGGACCCAGAAGAGCUUUAGGGGAAAAAAGGCACCAGAGAUAAAAAUUACCUCCAAUGUUGAAACUGAAGGACAACAAGAUAAACAACAAGCAGACGAAACCGGAAACAAUCCUACUUCGACAUCUGCUAAGGCAGCUGUCUCAACGUCAGAGAAUCCUUCAGCAGGUUUAACCCCUCUUGUUUCCCUCGAGGAUAUACAACGCGAAUUCCCAUUCCGGUUUUACCAUGACGCGCGCAACAACAUCCUAGAAUACUGCGCACCCCCGAAGGAAAAAAACGCUCACUCCAGAUUCAACAUCCGAGAAAUCGAAAUACAAUAUCAAGUCUGGGACGCCGACGACUACUCCGCAACUGCCACUCCUUUGGACACGUUAGAGGAAUCAGUGGCCUACGUGAAGCUCUUUCGGGGAGCCGUCUAUCGUAUUCGCAAAGAUAUGCAAGGAAAAAGUGCACUCAAGAAUGCAAGGAAAAAGUAGUUUUUACAUGUCUAUAUUCUUCCCACUUAUGAAUUCUACUAGUCAAUUUCUUGAGUGUCAUGAGUGCACUUUUUCCUUUCAUAAAAGAAACGUUCAUCGUGGAAGACUUGGACAUCACUAACCAGUGGGCAGUUGUGCGAAAACAAAUAGGAGAACCUUUGAAAUACUAUACGAGGGCAAAGGAUCGCGUAGAAAUCAUCAUCCACUCUGCUAUGCGUGAAGUAUUAGCGGAAAACAAUAUUUUGACGGCUGGUGCUGCUGCUGGGACGAGUGGCGCAGCUGGUGCGAGGGAUCCACAACUACGUCCCCAAGAGCUAUCUUCUCCUGAACAACAGAAAGAACCUGCACAGCAGGAGAACAUCGCAAAGCAACCGACUUCCUACGUGCGCAUUUUCGAUCAACUGCACCAACUUUUUCGAGGACCGUUGACCACGUUUUUGUAUUUAAGAAAGGUGGUUCAUCACUGCAACUUCGUCGAGAUGAUUGAGUAACUACUUUCCAAAUACUUAAGUUAUAUUUCAUCUACUAGAACUAGAACCAAGUUGUAGAAACAUCAAAUGAAAAUCAUCGUGAGCACAUGUCUGCAAGCACUCAGAAGCUCUAAUCUCUGUCACUGGUUAUCACAAACUGAACAAAGCAGAUGGCCAGAUUGAGGAUACGAUUGAUCUGAAAAUGGCUCCGCUCAAACGCUACCAUACUGCGAUCUGGCUUGACCUGGGUUUUCUGGGGCAAAUGCACGUGGCUGGAUUACAUGCUUUGUUAAGGCUUGUAGUGAAACGGAAAGCUUGACCCCGAUGAGAGAUUAGAUUCACACUCACAGCAUCCUCGUAGAAGAUUUGUUCUGAGUCUCUGUCCUGCGUGAUCAUAAUUGCAAAUCGUCCAGAACUAGACCCUGAACUAUCCAUUUGUAGUAUCUAUGACUCGUUUGUCUAUCCAGCUCCAUGCCUGCGAGAGCUCUUCUAAUCCCAGAGCACGUGAUGUGCCUCUUGGCACCUGUCUUUGGUGUCACUGACUCCUUGAAAGCGCAGCACAGUCGCGGCGGGACAAAUACGAGUUCCUCAAAGGGGGCAAAAGCGAGUGGAAAAGGUGUAGGAAAGAUUGAUGCCUCAGGCUUACCAGCUGGUGCAGCAGAUGGUAGCGAUCAUGCUGGGAAAUUACUGUUGUUAAGAAGAAGAGGAGAACUCGAUGUUCCUAUAUUAAGUACCUUUCUUUUCAGCUUUCCUACAGGAAUCUAGUUGUUCGCGCGCAAUAUUAUAACAAAAAAAUAGAACAAUAUUUUUCUAGUCUUAGUAGUACUUUGUAGAAGUCCCCUCCUGGCCCUGCUACCCUACCCACUAUUUGUCUUCCUCGAGCUUCUGCUUCAGCUCUAAUCCAUUAUCCAUACUCAAGAACGCUUGCGGAAAACUUUGCGGUUUUGGUUGAGUGCGCAGCCGAACGCAUCUUCACGUGCGAAUGCCUAAAAGGGUGCCC